AUGGAAAGUGGAGUUUUCCUGCCUUGUCUGGAUCAAUUCAUGCUGAGCCCACUUGUCACUUGGGUGAAGACAUUCAUGCCAAGAGAUGGGGGCACACACCUGGACUUCUCUGAAUUACUGGAUGGAGUCUUUCUGAUUGACAUAAUGACAGAAAUAAAUCCCUCGGCUACAUCUCAGGGUGCAAACAAAGUGAGCAGGGAUCCAAGUCAAAGGAUCCAGAACCUGAACUUCCUUGUUCAUCAAAUCAAGACAUUUUAUCUGGAGAAUCUGAGACAGCUAAUCAUGAUUCCUUUGCCAAAUGUGUUGCUGCUUGGCAGGACUCCUUACUCUGAACAAAGUCUGGAGGAAAUAAAGAAGCUUUUACUACUACUGCUGGGAUGUGCAGUCCAGAGUGAGAGGAAAGAGGAGUACAUCGAGAGGAUUCAGACGCUUGACUUUGACACAAAAGCUGCCAUUGCUGCACAUAUACAGGAGUUGACCCACAGUCAGGAUAAUGUUCUGGAUCUGCAUUGGUUGGAGUCGAGUGAGGUGCAUCCAGAUGAGCUAGAAGCUUUAGCGAGAAACAUGGCAACUCACCUCCAACAUCUGCUGGACCAGAGGGACACCUAUCUAGAGACCAUAGCAGAGCUAAUGCAGGAGAAGGAGGGUGUGGUCAGCUUGCUCAGUAGCCCCUCCAGCCCACAGUCGGCCAGCUACUCCCCCAGCAUACAGCAGCAGCAGGCAGGAACUCAGCAACACCUAGCAGUGGAGCUGGCUGACUCUAAGGCCAAAAUCAGACGACUUAGACAAGAACUAGAGGAGAAGAGUGAGCAGACGCUGGACUGCAGACAUGAGCUGGAGAACCUGGAGGCAGAGCUGAAGAGGAUUCAGCAGGAGAACUCCCAGCUACUUGUAGACGCCCGAGCAGCCCGUACCUAUCGCGAUGAGUUGGACGCCCUAAGAGAGAGAGCCAUAAAGGCAGACAAGUUGGAGAGUGAAGUUGGACGCUACAGAGAGCAACUGCACAAGAUUGAGUUUUACAAGGCUAAAGUGGAGGAGCUAAAAGAGGAUAACAGGGUGCUACAGGAGACCAAAGAGGUGUUAGAGGAUCAGUUGGAAGGUUGGAGAGCACGUUCAGAUAAAAUCCACCAGCUGGAGAAGCACAGUCUGCUGCUGAAGGCCCAGGUCCAUGACAUGGAACAGGAGAGGGAGGCAGAUCGAAGGCGUAUUGAGGAGCUUCAGGAGGAGAACCUGGCUUUGUGUUUGGCUCAGAGGAGGAGUAUGGAGGAGUCCCAACACUUGGGGUGGGAGUUAGAGCAGCUGUCCAAGACCAGUGAGAACUCUCAGGGCCAGCAGACUCUGAGUGAGGAGGUGAGCGAAAGGACCUGCAGUCGCAUGCUAAAGCUGGAGAAAGAGAACCAAAGUCUCCUAAGGACCAUAGAGGAACUCAGAGCUACCUCCUUGAAAAACAGUGCAAAGCAGAAACACAGCCAAAACACUGAGUGUAACUAUGUUUCUGAGGAUAUGUGUAGCACCAACAAUGAUACUUCAUCAGCAGGAGAAAGGACUGGGCUGAACAGCUCCUGCACACUAGAUAACUGCACUAAUGUCAUCCUGCAGAGUGGAGACUCAAACUGCCAUCAGUGUCUCAGAAGGAAUGGUGCAGGAGAAGCAGAUGGAGUCCAGAGUGAGACCCUUCUUAGGAGUAGCCCACAUUUUCAUAUUCAAGAGAAAGGACAGCUAGAGGAGGAAGGCAGUGGAGACGCUUUCAAAGAACUCAUGUCUGACCUGGAAGUGUUAGAGAACAAUCAUAAUGGGCUUCAUUGUUUUGUUGGAUCCCGUGAUCACUCCCCUGGCUCAAAGAGCAGCAGUCCAUGCCACAACAGUAUCUUCACAGGUCUGCCAACACGCUCCUCCUAUGCCAGUAAGCACACACAGCGGAUGGAGGCCAAGUGCAGGGCUUUGGACACAGUUAAUCAGCAUCUACAGACUUCACUUGAUAACACAGAGCGUAAAGUUCAGCGCCUGGAGGCAGAGGUUCAGGAGCUGGAGGCAGAGAAUCAAAGCCUACAGGCCACUUUGGAGGAACUUCGGAUCUCUGUGCGACGCCUGGAGCAACUGGAAACAGAGAAGCAAAGCCUGGAGCAAGAAACCACAGUCCUAGAGAGGGAAAAAAGGCAGCUAGAGAAAGAGAAUCGCAGACUCCGACAACAGACUGAAAUCCAGGAAGCAAAUCUAGACAGCAGCAACGUCUGUAUGGCCAGCCUGGAGAGGGAGAUGCGUUUUCUUGUGAAGGAGGUGGAAGGGUUAAGGGAGACUGCUGAGAGGGUCAAAGGCCUGGAGGGAGAAAACAGAGAACUGAGCAAGCAAGCUGCUAUCGACCAAAGGACCCUGGCAACCUUUAGAGAGGAGCUAGUGAGUGAGAAACUGAAAACCCAGCAGAGAGACAAUGAUCUGGAGAGGCUGGCUCAUGAGUUGGAAAUGAAAGUGCUCAACCAGGAGAGUAUACAACAGGCUGAACGGGAAAUGCCAGACAACAGUAGGUUCAAGAUACUGGAAUCAGAGCUGGAGUCAUCUCUGAAGAGAUCUCUUCAGAUUAAAGAGGACAAGAUGGCAGCUUUGGAAGCUCGUCUGCAGGAAUCCUCCAACCUGAACCAGCACCUUCAACACGAGCUAAAAACCGUGAAGCUGAGCUAUGAGGCCUUGCAGCAGAGACAUGAGGAGGAAUGGACAUCAUUGAGUUCCACCCCUCCCAGAGAGACUGGCAGGGCAAUGAGCGAAUGGCUGCGUGAGAGCCAGGAGGCCACACGUGAACUGUUAAAGCUCAAAGACCGUCUCAUUGAGGUGGAGAGGAAUAAUGCCACACUGGAGGCAGAGCGCCAGGCUAUGCAGGCCCAGCAGAAGCAGCUGGAGAGUCAGUCAGACAGUCAGCAAGCCCAGGUCCUCGCUCUACAGAGGCAGGCUGCAUCACUGCAAGAAAACAACACAGCCCUACAGACACACAACGCUAACCUGCAGGUGGAGAAAUCCACUCUAAACUCACAGUGCGCCUCCCUUAUGGCCCAGAAUGCUCAGCUGCAGCAGCAGCAGACUGGGACAGAAAGCGAGCGGGACAGCGCAAUACGGGAGCGUGAAGAGCUGCGAGGUGUUCAUGAACAGCUUCUUCGAGAUCAUGAACGACUAGCAGCUUUGCAUGAGCGGCAAGCCAUGGAGUACGAGGCCCUGAUGGGCAAACAUGGUUGUCUGAAAAAUGCCCAUCGCACCCUGGAGCUAGAGCAUCGUACACUGCAGGACAGAUACAAUAGUCUGCUGCAGAAGCGGACUAAGCUAGAGGACCUUGAAAAAGCCCUGAAGGAGGAGCAGAUGAGAAUGACUCUAGAGAAAGAGCAGCACAGGACCACUGCUGCUGAAUGCUGCAGGCUACGCGAUGAGAAGGACUGGCUAAACCAGACCUACCGUCAGCUUCUUAACGACAAUGAGGUGCUGACAGCUGAUCACAAGCAGCUGAAGAGCCAGCUCAAUGAGACCAAGCUGGAACACACCUGGCUGGAGGCAGACUUCUCCAAACUCAAAAAGGAGUUUCAGCAGAUGGACAUUAACUCCACAAAACUCACAAACCAGUGCGAGUUGCUGAGCCAGCUAAAAGGCAACCUAGAGGAGGAGAACCGCCACCUGCUGAGCCAGAUCGAGACACUAAUGCUACAGAACCGAACUUUGUUGGAGCAAACUAUGGAAAGCAAGGAUAUGUUUCAUGUUGAGGAGCGGCAAUAUAUUGACAAGCUUAAUGAUUUGAGGAGGCAGAAGGAAAAGCUGGAGGAGAAAAUAAUGGACCAGUACAAGUUUUAUGAGCCAUCCCCUCCUCGCAGACGUGGGAACUGGAUUGCUCACAAACUGAAGAAGUUAAUUAAAUCCAAUAGCCGUGAUCAUGGACUUUACCUCCAACCCACACACACAAGUGGUGCAGAGACCCACCUCCCCUGCAACGACAACAGUUCCUUCAUCAGCUCAGAUGGCUCAGGAGGCUCAGCCUCCACCGCUGCAGGCGAUGCCAUCUCCCCACGACAUAACAGCACGACUCUGAAAAUGUUUCCCCGCAUGAGGAACAGAAUGAAGGACAGAGGCAAAGUCAAGUCCCUCUUCCGUCGUUCCAUGUCUCUGAGCAGCUUGGCAUUCCCAUCUGCCCCAUCAGAGGAGGAGGGAUGGGCUAAGAGUUCAGAAAGACUGCAGUUCUCUGAGGAGGACAGGAAGAUGGCAUUGACAUCAUCCCUUACCACAUCCAUCUUGUCCAUGCUCCACCUUAAUCAUUCCACUGCUUCACCAUCUGGCCCCAUCACCACCACAACCUCUGACUCAGUCGACACUGCUGUAGAUGUUUCUGAGCUUUGGGUGACAGACAAGGAAUCUAAUGACAGUGCUGUGCCAUCUGGGUUUGAGGACAACGAUGAGCUGCAAAAUCACGGGGUAAAUGGCAUUCAGAGUCGAGCCCAAAGUGAGAGCAGCGGUGAGUUUAGCCUCAGUAUGGAAAAUGAGCCAUGGUCAAAUGGCAGCAGCCCUGUUCAGCAGCCCCCAUCCCGACGCUCCUCCUCUUCCUACCAGCAGCCCACUGAUACUUCCACCCCCCGACACACACAGAAGCAGCAGCAACAAAAAGAAAAAGCUGCUACCAUGCCAGUCAUGAACAGUGAGAAGUCAGAUAUGCAGUCAGCACCCAAGCAGAGAGAUCCUGGGCUCUCUCAGGACUUCUGGCUUACAAGAGGUACAAAAAGCAUCCGAAGGGGGUCUAGAGCAAAAGUUACACGUCGCUCAUCAGACUCAGUGGGCUCACCCAAAGAGAACCUAGAGCUAAAUGGGAUAGAUCCAAAGUUGUGCUCUGGGGAAGUUGAAGCUACUCGAGCCUCAGCCUGUUCACCUGUCACAGUGUUAUAUGUUCAGGGUAAGUCUUCAUCAAUGUCUGGCUGUCUGAACUGCUUCUCCACGCCUCUGGGAAAAGAAGGGCGACUGAAAGGGUCAAGGUCACCAAAAAGUCUCCCCCGAGCCAGCAGUGUGAUUUCCACUGCAGAGGGAUCAUCCAGACGCUCUAGUGUAAACAGUGAUUGCAGGGUGACCAUCAAGACUGACCAGCUACCUGUACAAGCUCCAGAAGAGAUGAAUAAUCAAGAGAAAAUAGUAAAUCACAAACAAGCAGAACCAGAGACCAAUACCAGCGAGCCUGAGCCCAUUCCCCCCAUUAAACCUCCCAGAGACCCAACAGUUGUUCCCACGGAACCCAAAUCCCCUGUGCAGGAGUCCAUUUUUGGAUCCUCAUUUACUUUUAACUCUGUCUUUUCCAACACUAUCUUCAGUGAUUCUGUUGUCACUACCACAACCAGUCUUGAUGCAUUUAGCAAUACCCAGACCUUCUUCUGUCCAAAUCCAUCUCUGGUGCAUCAGGAGUCAAGCACACCACAAACAGAAACACUCAGCACAGAAAAUGAGCAGAUUCAAACCACAGAACAUACAGCUGGGCUGGAGGAGAAGGAUAAACUGCUAACAAUUGCUUAGGAGCAGCUGUCAUACCAGUGAAUAUUGUAUAAUUCAACCAAAGCAGGAAGAAGCAAGGCCAAAUUUUUGUAACAACACAGCUAAGUCACUGUUCUCAUAUAUAUACACAGUACUGUGCAGAAGUUUUAGGCAUGUAGAGCGCUAACGGUUCUUCACAGGUCCUGAUGUUCCACAGCCCCGGGCUGAAGAGAGGAGGAGGGGUGGCCAGAGUCAAUUUUGACACAUUUGACAUGUACCUGUGUCGCUGAGCAGCCAAGCUUAACAGCAUUUCUUUUGUCCAGGCCUUUGCACCCCUGGUA